AUGGGUAGACCGGGUAGACCAAAAAAAAUAAUAAUUCCCUUGAGUGGACCUGAAGAGGAAGAAGAAAUGCCUUCAACACCUAAAAGUAAAAGAAAAUCACCUACGAAAGCAAAAACACCCUCUCCGAAAAAAAGGCGAAGUCUUCCCAAUACAGCACUGCCACAACGUACUCAGCAGCCAGUAGAAUCUGAGACACCCUUCGAGCGUGCCAGAAAGAUAUUGCACGUUUCUGCCGUUCCUGAAUAUUUACCUUGCCGAGAAAACGAAACUUCACAGAUUCUAAGCUAUGUCCAAGAAGCCAUUAAAGAAAAAAACGGCACAUGCAUUUACAUCUCAGGCACCCCGGGAACUGGUAAAACUGCGUCUGUACGAGAAAUCAUCAGGGUUUUACAGGGGAAAGUCGACACAAAGGAUCUCAAUAGGUUUAAAUUUACUGAGAUCAAUGCGUUGAAAUUAUCUGAUCCUCUAAAAACAUAUUGCGCUCUAUGGGAAUCAUUGUCGGAAGAAAAAGUGACCGCAGACCACGCCAAUUCGUUGCUAGAAGAAUAUUUUAAAAGCUCUGCUUCGAAAAAUGAACCAUGGGUAGUGUUUAUAGAUGAACUUGAUAUGCUCGUGGCUAAUCAGUCAUUAAUGUAUAAUUUGUUCAAUUGGCCAAAUGUUCCAAAUUCUCGGUUAAUUCUAAUAGCUGUGGCAAAUACCAUGGAUUUGCCAGAAAGAAUGACACAUAAAAAGAUUUCUAGUCGAAUCGGUCUUACGCGAAUUAAUUUUACCACAUAUAAUCAUCAACAACUAAUAAAGAUUUUAGAGUCGAGACUUGAAGGUAUCGAAACAUUCGAAAAAGAUGCGAUCGAAUUUGCCGCUAGAAAAGUGAGCGCCUUCUCUGGAGAUGCGAGGCGAGCUUUAGAUAUAUGCCGACGCGCUGUCGAAAUUUUAGAAUCAAAUCUCUGUAAAACGAGUGAUAGCGGCGUCUCAACCUCAACAACCCCUAAAAAACAAGUAACGAUUGCUAUUGUUGAUAAGGCGAUCAAAGAAAUGCUAAAUUCGCCAAGUGUCACUUUUGUUCGACGUGCAUCGUUGCAUCAAAAACUAUUUCUUUGGUCAAUAAUAGAAACCCAACGGCAGAAAGGUGCAGAUGAAACAGAAUUUCGAGAGGUUGUUCUACACCAUGAAACCUUAUGUAUGAUUCAUGACAUUGAAAAGCCCCCUUAUUCUGAUCUCUUCGCUAUUUGUUCUUUUCUUUGUAACUGUGCUGCUAUCUUUGCACAAGAUGGACGGCGUGAUAUAUAUCGUCGUAUACGUUUGAACUGUGUCUCUGAAGAUGAUAUUAUCUUGGCGUUGAAACAAGAUAGCAUUUUUAAAAAUAUAGUUAAAUGA